CCCAUGAAUGCCUGAGGCAAACAAAAAAUUAUAUGAGACACCAACAAGAAGCGCAGCUACCAUUUCUCAGUGUGAGAUCUCAUUAUCAUCUGUCACCUCAUAUUAAGAAUAAAUAUAUUCUAAGAUGUCUGCUCCUGGUGUGUGCCUGAAUAUCAUGAAGGAGCGUCAGGAAAGCAAUGGCGUGGGCACAGUUAAUAACCCACUGAAGUUCCUGAAGCAGGAUUAUGAGUUGCUACACCAGUAUUUUCUUAUCAGAAAGAGGACAUAUAUUGACGACAUGUUCCCCCCUGACAACAGUUCCAUUGGAGAAAACUUGCUAAAGCCUGAGGACUUGGCUAGAGUGGAAUGGAUAAGGCCAACGAAAAUGGUAUCAAAUCCAUGUCUGAUUGUUGAUGGUGUGUCCAGGUUUGACUAUGCCCAGGGAGAAGUGGGAAACUGCUGGUUUCUUGCUGCAGUUGGUGCUCUGACAUUUCAAAGGCACAUCAUGGAGAAGAUCUUUCCAGCUGGACAGUCAUUCCAGAUGAAUUAUGCAGGAAUAUUUCACUUUAGGUUCUGGAGGUUUGGGAAAUGGGUUGAUGUUGUAAUCGAUGACAAACUGCCAACCAUUAAUGGACAACUCAUUUUUGUACAUCCACAAAGUCCUAGAACUCCCCAAAGUCCCAGAAUUCCUGAGUUUUGGCCUGCUCUGUUAGAAAAGGCAUAUGCCAAAGUGUGUGGAUCUUAUGAAGACAUGAAGAAUGGUUGGGUAUCUGAAGCCCUAAAGGACUUUACUGGUGGGGUGCACAUGUCAUUAUCCCCCCAAAAUGAGAACCCUGAAAAUUUGUGGGAGUUGAUUUAUCAAGCAGCCAGAGCCAACUCUCUGAUGGGUUGUGGUACACCUGGAAAUGCAGAAGUUAAUGCAAAGCAGAACAAUGGUCUAGUGGAGGGUCAUGCCUACACUGUGACAGGGGUCACCAAGGUCACAAGCAAUGGCAAACAGGUUCAGCUGGUAAGGCUCUUAAACCCCUGGGGACACACAGAAUGGAAGGGAAACUGGAGUGAUGGAUCACAAACAUGGAUGACCGUUAGUGAGCAAGAGCGCAGAGAGUACACAAAUUUUGUCGAUGAUGGAGAGUUCUGGAUGUCUAUGGAGGAUUUCUGUAAAUGCUUCUGUCAGCUUGAUAUCUGCAAUUACUCUCCUGCUUUUCUGGAUGGCUCAUCUGAAAGCCACUGGACUGUAUCAAUGCAUGAUGGCCGCUGGCUCGCAGGCAGCACAGCUGGUGGCUGCAUGAAUUUUAAAGAUACUUUCUGGACCAACCCUCAGUUUCCACUCAAGAUCACAGAGAUAAACAAAGGCUGUGAACCAAUACCAAACCAAGCGCCAAAUAUACUUGUGUCUCUCAUGCAAAAACCUGAUAAGAGAAACAGACGUCUCACCAGAAAACUUUACAUUGGUUUCAACAUUUACAAGAUGAAAGAUUGUAGAGAGACAUCCACAGCUUCCUUCAUUAUCGACAGUAAUCCAGUGUAUUACACCAAAGUGAUGCGUGAUUCACGUGAAGUAACAGAGUUUGUGAGGCUGGAACCAGGAGAGUACAUAAUCAUUCCAUAUACCUCCAAGCCCAAUACAACUGCCUCCUUCAUCCUGGGUCUCUGUUCUAAGACAGAAACCCACACAGAAGAGCCCUUUAUGAGGCUUGGCUCUGAUGGUAAAGUGCUGCGUCAAAUGUCUGAUCAUUAUCAGGAAAUCAAUGCAGAGCAGCUUCAGAGAAUUCUAAAUGAGAAGUAUAUUGGAGGUGGUGUGCAAAGCACAGGAGGUUUCAGCUUGGAUGCUUGCCAGAGUAUCAUUGCUAUGAUGGAUAUCUCAGUUACUGGAACACUCAGUGCAUUAGAACUGAGCGAGCUGUUGAACAAAGUUGAUUUGUACAAGGAUAUCUUCUUCCACAUGGACAACAACAGAGAUGGCAUUCUGUCACUGGUGGAGCUUCGGCAAGCAGUGGAUGCCACAGGCGUUCGUGUUAGUGAUAAGCUGCUGAAACUUACAACUCUACGCUUUGCUGACUCAACUGGGCGAAUCACUCUGGAGAGAUUCAUCUUUCUGGCUCUACGUCUAAGUUUCUUGUCUGAAAUAUUCAGAAAACUUGCUGACAGACAUUAUAUGCACCUCCAAGAGCACGAGUGGCUGCACCUUACUAUGUACUCCUGAAGAGGUGGUAGGAACCAUAUAAAUGGAGCAUAUCAAUCCUACAACAUAUACAACAGCACACUUCAAAUUAUUAUAGCGCUUACUUGGGUAGGUUUUGAAAAUUCUUGUUAAAGACUUUUUCUUAGUUGAAUAACUUACAAACAUGUCUUGGCACAUCCCUAUGACUACUACUGUUACAUGAUGUACUUAUGCUUAUACAUCAAAUUAUGUUUGUGAACUUUGUCUGGACAUCUGCCAACACCAACUUGUGUACCAAAGCAAAUGUCAAGGUGUUCUUGUUUUCACUGCACAUACAAGUUAAUGCAAUGUUGAAAACAUUUGAUUACAAACUUUGAUUUUAUGUCAGAGCACACUCUAAAACAGUUUGCCAAUUUCUCCCUGAAUUGAUUCAUCACGUCAGGAGCCUGCCAUCUAGUGGAAACAUCAUUAGAUAUACGAGGGGUUUAAAUAAGACAAAUAGACAAUUCAAAUUUCUGUGUCAUUUGAUAGAGUGUAUCCACCCUGUUAAUACGGACUGUUUCAAAGAGGAUCAAAUGUUUGCUUGUCCAAAUAUGUAAAAAAAAAAAAAACAACAA